UCCAACGAACGACCUUUCACCCACGUGGUCCUGACAGUGGAGUUCGCCACUUUUAGGAAAGACAAAGUUGUUCAUGGAAAACUCAGCUAACGCUGCAAAGAAACCCAAACUGGUGACCAUGUCGUUCGUUCCCGUGCCAGAGAAGAGCCACUUCCCCAUCCAGAACCUGCCGUAUGGAGUGUUCUCCACCAAGAGCAAUCCUUGCCACAGGCUUGGAGUGGCCAUCGGUGAGCAGAUUUUGGACCUGAGUGCGGUGAAGGACCUGUUUACUGGGCCUGAGCUGAGUGGUAAACAACAUGUGUUUGAAGAGCCCACCCUGAAUGCCUUCAUGUCCCUGGGGUCAGCUGCGUGGAAGGAAGGCCGUGCCACUCUGCAGAAACUGCUGUCUGCAGAUGAACCGACUCUCAGGGACAAUGCUGACCUCAGGACAAGGGCAUUAGUUCCACAGGCCGAUGCUACGAUGCACCUUCCUGCAACCAUUGGCGACUACACGGAUUUCUACUCCUCUCGUCAACAUGCCACCAAUGUCGGUACUAUGUUCAGAGGACCUGACAAUGCCCUGAUGCCAAACUGGCUCCACUUGCCUGUUGGUUACCAUGGGCGUGCCUCCUCAGUAGUGGUGUCCGGUACCCCGGUCAGGAGGCCAUGUGGGCAGACAAGGCCAGACGAAUCUAAGCCACCAACCUAUGGGCCAUGCAAGCUCCUGGACAUUGAACUGGAGAUGGCUUUCUUUGUCGGACCACCCAAUGAGCUUGGACAGCCCAUUCCAGUAUCCAAGGCUCAGGACCACAUCUUUGGCAUGGUCGUCAUGAAUGACUGGAGUGCCCGAGACAUCCAGAAGUGGGAGUAUGUUCCGUUGGGGCCAUUUCUGGGGAAAUCCUUCUCCACCUCGAUCUCCCCCUGGGUUGUCACCAUGGACGCGCUCAUGCCGUUUGUUGUGGAUAAUGCCAAGCAGGAUGACCCCCCAAUCCUGCCAUACCUCCAACAUAAGGAUAAAUACAACUUUGACAUCAAGCUGUCUGCUGCUGUCAGGGCAGAAGGGAUGGCAGAACCUGCAGUCAUCUGUAACUCAAACUACAAGUACCUGUACUGGACCAUGAAACAACAGCUGGCUCACCACACGGUGAACGGCUGCAGCAUGAGACCAGGAGACCUGCUGGCCUCCGGAACCAUCAGUGGGGAGACUGAAGACUCCUAUGGCUCCAUGUUGGAGCUCUGCUGGAAGGGAACCAAGGAAAUAGAUAUCGGUGGGGGACAGACUCGUAAGUUCCUCAAGGACGGAGACGAAGUCAUUUUGUCGGGGUACUGCCAGGGAGAAGGAUACCGGGUUGGUUUUGGAGAAUGCACAGGAAAGAUCCUUCCAGCUCACACAUCUUAAACUGUGUCAGUACUUAGUGCAGCAAAUGCCACUACCAAGUACAUAGUUACUUAGGUUCACUUCCCAGUUUGAUGUAGAUACACAUGUACGUAGGUUUGGGAAUUCAGUGCUAGUCUUGAUCAAGAUACAUAGAAGUGGACUAUGUAUCCUACUAUGAAAGCAUGAUACGGUUUUGUGUGUUGCCUAUGUCUUAUGAUUAUUUUUAUCUUCCUUUUCAAACACAUGUGUUUUGAUUUCCCAUUUAUAAUCCUCCUUUAUAGAAUGUGAGGGAUAAAUUAAGAAGACCAAUCUACUUGAUCGAUGGUGUAGGAUAUUUAUAGGAAGUGAAAAUCAAGCUUACCAACAUAUUCAUUGUGUAUUAGCUUG